AAUUUUCAUGCUUAUAUUGUGAUCAAGUUCCACAAGUCCACAUGGAAGUUUUCGGAAGUGACGGGUCAAUUUUUGGCACGAUAUUUCUCCUUCACGUCAUGCGAUUUUUCAGUUUCCAUAAGUUUGAGGGUGAUUUUAUAAGAAAUCAAGGAACGUAACUAAUUUUGGAAAUUCUGAUUUUAACACGUUAAUUUUCCUUUUUGAGGGGCCCUGAAGCGCGCCACCAGGGGUCAACUUUCACAGGCCUAUACACAUUUUACAGAUGUGCAGCUUCUGAAUAUGGCAUCAGUACACCAACUCUGGUGAACCCUGCAAAGCAGUUUAGUUCCUUUGAAGACGAAAUGGAUGAGUUGAAAGUGCAGCAGAUCCCAGAACAGGACAUUCCUGCCCCGAGUGACUCCACCUUUCAUGACGUCAUGAGUUUUUUCAUCCAGGGCUAUGACUGCACAACUGUGGAGCACUUUGCUCAGUACACCCACAACUUGGCAAAAAAUAUGCAUCUUAAGAUCUUUGACAGCUUUGCAAUGCCCACAAAGCAAACACUUGUACACACCAUUCAAGCCCCUGGCACAUCCGAGAAACUCAAACCCAGAGACUUCAUGUUAGCGACACAUGGGCGAGUUAUACAGUUACAAGAAAUGCGAGGGACCAUAGCACCAGUUUUUUUGGAAAUGCUACAAGUAAAUCAACCCGAAGGAGUUAUACUGAACAUUGAACCGCAUUCACAGUACCACCAUAAAGAGAGAUACAUCCAGAAAGAGAUUCCUAAGGAUCUACUAUGAUGAGAUGCCACCCGUCUGUGACUUUACGGAACUCUAGUGCAAAGCUAUAAUGCUUAGAUCCUAUGCCAACUCCAUGGUAUAUCCAUGGUUGCACAUUAGAUGUUGCCUGGAUGUGUCUGGAUGUGUUGAAGUGAAG